UUGAAGUGUUGAAAAGAUGUGGCUUCUGGAAUGGGUGGGAGGUUCCUCAUGUGGGACUCAAUGGAGGGCUGCUGUUGGGAUGGAUGCCUGAGCACAACCUCCACAUCCAACAUAGCUCCAAAAAUAUGAUACAUGCCAACCUUCUGGAUCACAAAGGUUCAAGGAGGCUUUUAAUCUGUAUAAGGGGUACAAUCAUUGUCAAAGAAGCAGGAAUAGAACAAAGGAAUGCGGAUAGAAUUGGCAACUUUUGAUAAAGGUGGCAGCUACUGAGAACAAAAGAACCAGAAGGAGUGGAUUUGCUAUUGAAACUAGGAGCUUGGAUUGAUCAAUUUUGUUCAGGGGGAGCAAGCAGUGGAGUUAAAACACGCCAUCAAGCAGCCCAGGAAGCUCUUUUGUUAGCUCUAAUGAAAGCAAAGGAUAUGGGCUAUCAGAGGCUUUAUGUUAUUAGCAAUGAUAAAUAUUUGGUUCAGAUCUACAACUACGUCAAGAAGGCAAGAUGGAUGGACAGAACCUUUCUUUCAGACUUUAGCAACCUGCACCAAUAGGAUCUGGUCAUUAAAAUUUUGUUUGUUUCUAGAAUAGUGAUCAAUUUUGUCUUAGACCUUGCGGACAAAACUACUACUUCUCCGGUUCACUGUAUAAACUAAAUAUCUAGACUUCUCCGUACUGCUUUAUUAGUUUUUAUAUAUGUUAUUAUCCUCAACCAAAUCCACAAAUCAAGCCUAAGCCUUCACAAGUCUACUCACACCUUUCAUCUCCAAAUCCACAAACCAAUACUAGCUAGCAGCAAUCAACCAUGACUCUCAACGCAUAUUUCCUCCAGAGUCUUAGCAGUGGAAAUGACCCAGUUUCACGCUCACUGCUUCUCACUCUUCUUCUUGUCAUCUUUACUCUCUCUUGGUACGCAUGGGUCACGAUUCACUCCUCCAAAUCUAACAAAACGACGACGAGUACUACUCCUCCGCCGCCGCCAGGUCCACGUGGCAUCCCGUUGAUCGGAAACCUCCUCUCCCUCGAACCGGAGCUUCACUCUUACUUCGCGGGCCUCGCCCAUAUCUACGGGCCCAUAUUCAAGCUUCGGCUCGGCAACAAGGUUGGCAUCGUGGUGAGCUCACCUUCCAUGGCUCGCCAAGUGCUCAAAGACCAAGACGUCACCUUUGCGAACCGUGACAUAACCGAAGCGGGUCGGGCUGCUACCUAUGGUGGAUCCGAUAUAGCGUGGUGCUCAUACGGGCCAGAGUGGCGGAUGUUGAGAAAAGUUUGUGCGCUCAAGUUGCUUAGUAAUAUCACGUUGGACUCCUUUUACAUGCUACGUCGUAAACAUGUUAGAGAAACCGCUGGGUACUUGUAUAGUCGGGUCGGGUCACCCGUGAACAUUGAGGAGCAAAUGUUCUUAACGAUGUUGAACCUGAUUACCAACAUGUUGUGGGGUGGGACAGUGAAGGAGGAGGAGGAGGGGGCUAGGCUAGGGGCUGAAUUCAGAGAAGUGGUGUUAGGGAUGACGGAGCUUUUGGGGAAGCCCAACAUCUCGGAUUUUUAUCCGGGUUUGGCCCGGUUUGACUUGCAAGGCAUACGGAAGAAGAUGGACGGGUUGGCCCGACGGUUUGAUCGGAUCUUUGAUGUUAUGAUUGAUCAAAGGCUGAAGAUUGAUAAAGAAGGCGGGAGCAGAGGGUCAGGUAGUAAGGACUUUUUGCAGUUUUUGUUGAAAUUGAAGGAUGAAGGUGAUUCCAACCCGCCUUUGACCAUGAUCCACCUCAAGGCCUUGCUUAUGGAUAUGGUGGUAGGUGGGACAGACACAUCCUCCCAUACAAUUGAGUUUGCCAUGGCUGAAAUUAUGAACAAACCGGAGGUGAUGAGGAAAACCCAACAAGAAUUGGAGGUUGUAGUUGGCAAGGAUAACAUUGUAGAAGAGUCUCAUAUUCACAAAUUACCGUACUUAUAUGCUGUGAUGAAAGAAACACUGCGAUUACACCCAGCCUUGCCAUUAUUAGUCCCUCAUUGCCCGAGUGAGACAUGCACCGUGGGAGGCUACACCAUUCCAAAAGGGUCUCGGAUCUUUGUGAAUGUAUGGGCAAUACAAAGGGACCCUUCUAUUUGGGAAAAUCCAUUAUAUUUUGAUCCAGAGAGGUUCUUGAAGAGUAAAUGGGACUAUAGUGGAAGUGACUUCAAUUAUUUUCCGUUUGGGUCUGGUCGGAGAAUAUGUGUUGGAACAGCAAUGGCUGAGAGGAUGGUGAUGUAUUCCCUUGCUACACUUUUGCAUUCUUUUGAUUGGAAAUUGCCCCAGGGAGAGAAAUUGGACCUUAUAGAAAAGUUUGGGAUUGUACUAAAAAAGAAGACCCCUCUUGUUGCAAUACCUACCCCAAGGUUAACUGAUCCAUCUAUGUAUGAGUAAGUUAGAAGUGUAUUUGCUUUUGAUAUGAUGAGUGGAAUUGCAAGUUUGCAACAUCCAUAUUACUACAAGAGAGAAAUAAGUUCACAGGC